AUGAGGUGACAGAGACCGUGACGAUGCAAGCCGACAAAUACAACUACUAGGAGUUGGGGUCUUGUUCGCCACCAUUACACCAUUCCAUUCCAGUGGUAGAAGAUCCGAGAUCGAGGAGGAGGUGAGGAGAGGAGCAAGAAGAAGAAGAAGAAGAAGAAGAAGAAGAUGGGCAUGGAGAGCGGAGAUGCCCAACUGCCGCUGCUCCACCACCAGGCUUCCGCAUCCAAUCAGCACUAUACCAAGCCCCCCUUCAACUGGAAGGCUCCUGCUCUUAUCUUGGCCUUUGAAUUCUUGGAGAGCAUUGCCUAUGCUGGCAUCUCCCUCAACUUGGUCGUUUAUCUUGGAACCGUCCUCCAUGGAACUACCGCCUCUAACGCAGCCAAUGUUGAUACAUGGAACGGAACCACUUUUCUUACACCGGUGCUUGGAGCCUUCUUGGCUGAUACAUACUGGGGAAAGUACAAGACCAUUGCCAUCUCUACAGUUUUCUAUCUUAUUGGGUUGCUUGUAAUUACCGCCUCUGCUGUCAUCCCAUCACUACAACCUGCUCCAUGCAAUGGGAGCUCAUGUCCUCCUGCAACAGGGUUUCAGUAUUUUGUCUUCUUCACCGCGCUCUACCUUAUUUCGGUUGGCACCGGGGGUGUCAAAUCAGCAUUACUCCCCUUUGGAGCUGACCAGUACAACGAUUCAAACCUCGAAGAGAGUAAAAAGAAGCAAUCUUUCUUUAGCUUGUUCUUCAUUGCUAUCAACCUUGGAGUGUUCAUUUCGGGCACUGUCGUCGUUUGGAUACAGCAAAAUGUUGCUUGGUCUCUCGGAUUCGGCAUCUCCUCAAUAUGCCUUGUUGUUGCCACAGUUGCCUUUUUGGCAGGAACACCAGUGUACAAGGUCCAGCUUCCCAGUGGAAGCCCACUCAAGAGUGUUGUAAUGGUUUUUGUUGCCUCUUUUAAGAAGAGAAAACUGGAGGUUCCUGCCGAUAACGCACUCCUGUAUGAAGGGGAUGAUGCUGAUUUAAGCAAUGGACAAUCAGUCAAACUAGCACAUACUGAUGGUUUCAGGUGGUUAGAUAAGGCGGCAGUGGUUUUUGAGGAGGUGGAAGAGAUAAAUAAGGAUGAGGGUGGGGGUGGAGGGUGGCUGCAGUGUUCGGUAACGCAGGUGGAGGAAGUGAAGAUUCUGCUGCGGAUGCUGCCGAUAUGGGUGACCAGCGUGCUGUACGCGGCUUCCUUGGGUCAGACGGCCACCACCUUCGUGCAGCAGGGGAAUGCCAUGAACACCAAGAUCGGAUCCUUCUCUGUCCCGGCGGCAUCCCUCAACUCCGCCGAGGUCAUCUUCAUGAUGAUCUGGGUGGUGUUCCAGGACACGGUGGUCGUCCCGAUCGCCAGGCGCUACACCGGGAACCCCGCGGGGCUGACGCAGCUGCAGCGGAUGGGCGUGGGGCGGUUGCUGGCGGUGCCGGCGCUGGCGGUGGCGGCCGUGCUGGAGACGUGGCGGCUGCGCAGCGUCAGGGACGGCGGCAACCUGAGCAUCGCGUGGCAGCUGCCGCAGUUCGUCAUCCUGGCCUGCUCCGACGUCUUCUGCGGCAUCGCUCAGCUGGAAUUCUUCUACUCGGAGGCCCCCGUGUCGAUGCGGAGCCUCUGCUCGGCCUUCUCCUUCCUGGCGCUCUCGCUGGGCUACUACGUCAACUCCCUCGUCGUCUCCAUCGUCGCCGUCGUCACCACCACCUCGAACAAGGGCUGGCUCCCCGCCGACCUCAACGACGGCCAUCUGGACUACUAUUUCUGGCUCUGGACGGGGAUCAGCGCCAUCAACUUUGUGGUGUACGCCGCCUUUGCCAAGAAUUAUACCGUCAAGAGACUCGCCGUCCCGCACUCGCACUGAUCGUCUCCCUCAUCCACCCAACACUGCCUUGUAUUAUUCCAAUCAACCAUUCUUGUAUUAUUAUUCCACUUGAUUCGUUGAGCAUGUAUAUAAACCAAAUAAAAAAUAAACCAAAUAAAGGGCUGAAUCCAUGCAUUACCUUC